UCUCGCCCAGCUAGCUGUAACCGGCUAGCGAGGCUGUUGUCGAGUUGACACCCUCCCCAAACCUCGGCAGCAGCUAAGCUGCACAGUCGACAUGGCAAGAAAAUAUCGCAAGAAUUUGCUAAAGAAAGAUGAAAAUCUUCCAAGUCUUUUGGAAUGAUAUUCAUCACGCGAUGUGAUCCAAAAUCCACAAUGUGUGAGAAAAUUUAAGAACGAUUAAGUUCGGAAGAAAAAUUCUUGAUUCCAGUGGAAUCUUCCAUAUAUAUAUUAAUAUUAUUAUUAUUAUUAGUUUUUUCUGUGUUAAAUCUUACAUACAUUUACACACACUCGUCCCAUCAACAUAUAACCAUGCCAGUGCAAGCACCACAAUGGACAGAGUUCCUGCUGUGCCCAAUCUGCACACAGACAUUCGAAGAGACUGUUCGCAGGCCCAUCAGUUUGGGCUGUGGACAUACUGUCUGCAAGAUGUGCCUGAACAAGUUGCACCGAAAGGCCUGUCCCUUUGACCAGACAGCCAUCAGUACAGACAUCGAGCAGUUACCUGUCAACACAGCCCUGUUGCAGCUGGUGGGAGGCCAGGUACCUAAGGCUCAGCCAGUGGCCUUGAUAACCAGUCCAGAGGACUCGCAGCAUUAUGAGGAGGCCAGGCAGUGUGUGGAGGAGCUGGCUCUCUACCUCAAACCUCUCAGCAACACCAGAGGUGUGGGUCUGAGCAGCACAGCCCAGAGCAUUCUGAGUCGACCCAUGCAGAGGAAACUGGUAACUCUUGUCCACUGCCAGCUGGUAGAGGAGGAAGGCCGUGUAAGAGCCAUGAGAGCUGCCCGCUCUCUGGGAGAAAGAACAGUCACAGAGCUCAUCUUGCAACAUCAGAAUCCCCAGCAGCUCUCCUCCAAUCUGUGGGCUGCUGUGCGUGCACGAGGAUGCCAGUUUCUAGGCCCAGCCAUGCAGGAGGAAGCUCUCAAAUUGGUCCUUCUCGCUCUGGAGGAUGGCUCUGCUCUGUCCAGGAAAGUGUUGGUUCUCUUUGUUGUCCAGCGGCUUGAACCCCGCUUUCCACAGGCCUCUAAGACCAGUAUAGGCCACGUGGUGCAGCUCCUCUAUAGGGCCUCCUGCUUCAAGGUCACCAAAAGGGAUGAAGAUUCAUCCCUGAUGCAGUUGAAAGAGGAGUUCCGUACUUAUGAGGCCCUGCGGCGUGAGCAUGACUCUCAGAUAGUUCAGAUAGCCAUGGAGGGGGGGCUACGCAUUGCACCUGACCAGUGGUCUUCUCUGUUGUAUGGAGAUCAGUCUCACAAGUCACACAUGCAGUCUAUCAUUGAUAAGCUGCAGACCCCUGCCUCUUUUGCUCAGAGUGUUCAGGAGCUAACAAUUGCGCUGCAGAGGACUGGAGACCCAGCCAACCUCAACAGGUUGCGGCCCCACCUGGAGCUACUGGCCAACAUUGAUCCAAGUCCUGAUGCCCCCCCUCCAACAUGGGAGCAGCUUGAAAAAGGGUUAGUUGCAGUCAAAACAGUGGUGCAUGGCCUAGUUGACUUCAUCCAGAACCACAGCAAGAAAGGAGCGGACCCUCAGCAGCCUCCUCAGCACAGCAAGUACAAGACUUACAUGUGCCGUGACAUGAAACAGAAGGGAGGCUGUCCUCGGGGAGCCAGCUGUACUUUUGCUCAUUCUCAGGAAGAACUAGAAAAGUAUCGUAAGAUGAAUAAACGUCUAGCAGCUCGCCUCCCAGGCUCAGGAGGGCUCAUGCCAGAUGACGGCCUUCCUCUUGAUGUAGCAGUGACCCGGAAGCCUUCGCCUCUCACCAACGGCAGCAAUGCACCCUCUUUGCCCCAGCUCAUACCCCGUGGCACAGACUCAGUCCCUUAUGAGCUUCUGCGAAAACCCAUGAAGAUGGAUGGAGGCAGUCCCAGCGCCCCAGGAUCCCCACCUGAUCCCCUGGACCCUGUAUCCAAACCUGGCAUUCCUCUUCCACCUCAUGCCUUGGCCCACCCAAGAAUGCCAGCAGACCACCUCUCUGGGGUGAAGCACAUGCCUGUAGUAGCAAGAGGUCUGCCUGUGUACCCACAACAACAGCUCCCUGAGAUAUGCUAUGACGCUCGCCCCACACCCUCUGCUUCUCAGUAUGAGCCUCCACAGUAUGCCACAGGGUACCCCUACCAACAGCCACCACAGUAUGUCCCUCGGGAUUACAUGCGUAACCCUCCGCCACCCAGUGAGUCAGGGCCCCCAUACCAAGACCCUUACCCCGGAUACAGCCACCCAGAACGUCCCUAUCAGGCCCCUCACUCUGGCCCACCAUUCUCCUACCCUCACCCUCCUCACCAUGACCGAGGUCGCCAUGGGACAUAUACUGGCCCACCACCUCCCCCGCAGCCUUAUGCGUCUCAGAGGGAUGGUUUGGUCAGAAUGAGUCCUGCUCCUCUGGAUGUUCCACCACAGUCAGCAGGACAGGCCAACUCCCUAUAUCACCAGGAGCCCAGUGCUCGGGACAGAUACCCCCCAGAUGGCUAUUAUCCACCAGGAGCCCAGCCUCCUCCUAUGAGGGCUUAUGCCAGGGGGCCAUCAUAUAGUGGUUCACAGCCAAGCCUGGACUAUCUGCACAGACGUCGGCAGGAGCUGUUAUCCCAGCUAGAGGAAAGGAAGGUCAUCUCUCCUCCGCCAUUUGCUGCCUCUCCAACUCUUCCCCAUCCCUUCCCCAGUGAUUACCCUCCAGAGUAUGGGGAUGAGAGCUCUAAAACAAUGAUGAAGUGCAGAGAGCCUGAUUAUGCAGGCCAGUACUCCCCCUGGUCUUGUGAAACCAUUGGCUCCUAUAUUGGCACAAAGGACCCAAAACCCAAAGACGUCAUGGUUCCUGGUACCAUGGAGAUGAUGAAUGUGGAGGCAAAGGGUCUUCGAGAACCAUCACUGGAGGCUCCCCGGAGGGGCACAGAAGUCAAAGAUGAUGACCCCAUUAUCCCUUUUGGCCCCCAACCUACUGUAUCACGCUUUGGUGCAAUCUCCCGCACCACAAAGACGGGUUACCAGACCACCGGCCCCGUACAGGCUAUAGCCGCCACUCCUCAGAACCCAAACUCUAAACAUAUGGCCAUGCCAGCAGAAUACACAUAUGGAAGCCAAGGAGGGUGGAGUGGAGCUUCAUACUCCUCCCACCAGGCUGCCUCCUCCUCUCAGGGACAUUUUAGUGAGCGCCUGCCUAUGGCAGCAACAGACAGAGAACAGUUAAAGAUUGAGCUGCAGCAAGUUAAUCAGCAGAUCAAUCAACAGACUCAGAUGAGAAGCAUAGAGGCUGCCAAUAACCCUUUACUGCUUCAGAGGGAGGCUGGUUCAUUAGCAGGCCAGCCUGUGCAGCCCAGCCAGAGCCAGGCAGUAGCAGCCCAGCAGCAACAGCCCAAGUGGCCAGCAGGGGGAGGGAGUACAACAUCCGUCUCCAGUGAACAGCUAAGCUUGGAGCUCCACCAGGUGGAGAGAGAGAUCGGCAAGAGGACUCGAGAAAUGGCUCUGGAAAACCAAGUAGCCCAUGAUGUUCAGCAGUACAAGAUGAAACCUGCAGAGAACGGACAACCAGAGCACAAAGCACAGCUGGAAGAAAUCUCCUUGGCUCUUGGCGAGGUGUCAAACGGCUCCAGCAGUCUGCAAGAAAGUGCAGUGGGCGGGUCCAUGCUGUCACUGACCAAUAAGACGUCUGCGCUGAGCCUGUGCUCUGAUCCAGGUGCCACUGGUUCAGAGAUGCAGAAGAAUGGCGUUGUCCAUUCCUGCUCAUAGGCAGUACACACUUAAAAACACACAUACAUACACACACCCACACACACUCAAGAUGCUCAUUUUAAAAGCAUGCACAGGCACACAUACACCCAUUCUAUUUAGAAGAUGAGCAGUAUCUGCCGUGAUAUGAAUUUUCUUUCUUUUUGUUCUGUGAAUGAGCUUUUUUAAAUGACUUUCCUUGCCUGGAAACCAGGGCAUAUGAUAACAUUUCUUGUGUGUGUUAUUUUUUCUUUUUUUUGCACUGGGAUUAUUGAUUAACAAGGCUCACAAUAGCUAUAUAAGAAAGAGAAAAUGGUGGUGAUGUUGGCACUGGUAUUAUUGUUGAUUUAAAAGAACAGGUCUAUUGCAUCUUAACAAAAAAACAUGUUCAGGUAUGUUAUUGAUCCUCCCUUUAUAUGAUUAGUUGGUUUUGUUGUAGCAGUGCACAUAUAGAUGAACGGUUAAACACAGGGAGCACAUAAUGAAGCACUAUUACAUCACACACUCUGAGCAACUUCUUUUUUACAGUCUGAUGAUCCAUGAAGGUAUGGUAGAAAAGGCAAUGUUGUCACGUGGUCAUCACCCCCAGAAUCGUAAAAAGUGGUCGCCCAGAUUUAGACAGUCUGAGGAGGGAAAAAGGAGUGAAAUAUUCCUCAAGUGUUUAGUGGAAAUGAAGAUGUGGGGUGUUGUAGAAAUCACUUUUGCACCACAUGCACGCUCUCACCUGCCACGAGAAGUCUGAUUUUAUUAGUGCAUUUUAUGAACACAUCAUAUGUCUGUUUCAUACUUGAAAUCAGUAUAUUAUAUAUUUAAUUGAAGCAUUCUGUUUUAAAGAUUGCAACAAGUCUUUUUGAUAAUGAGCUUUCCACAUGUUUUCUAUAAGGGAAUAACUCAGUGCUUCUCUUGGUCAUGGUGUGACCUGGCAUGGUUGCUUGCGAUGCCUUUCACCUGUGCUCUUUAGCUCUGCAUUCAGUCCCACUUGAUUGUGUCGACAAAGCUCAACCAUAGCUAUGUGGGUUUUCUGGAGGCUGAAUGUAAACUUUGUAGCUUAACGAGAGAGAGUAGAUUUCUCUGCCUCAGGAGCAAGGUAACUGGAUAUGAGAUCAGAAAAACUGAAGAUUUCCCUCCUCAGAGCUUCUCAUCUGGCCACACAAAAGGCCUCCCCAUUGGGAUUAUCUUGUCAUUUGUUCUCCUAACUUCUAUGAAGUUGCCUUCCCUUGUGACUUUUUUUUAUGUUUAACUUUUCAUGCUUUACUUUGUUACGAUUCUGGGUGGUGUGGCUUCCUAGUAUACGCUUAAAAGAGUUAAGUUAAACAUUUUUCUGUCUGUCAUUUAAUAAAUGGUUUGAUUCCAAGUGAGAGCCAGACUUAUCAUCUGUAACUUUAGGAGGGUAACUGUUGUAGUGUUUGUAGCCUCACAGUGCUUUCAAAAUCAUGUUUACAGCUGAGGAUGUAAGUGUUGGUUACUGAGGGCUAGACAAAACACUCUUUUAAACAAAGUUGGCUACAGCUCCUAGUUUUAAUAUUUCAAAGCAUCUUUACCAAUGAGUUAAAUAAAGUGAUACACGAUAAAAUAAAGUAAAAAUUCAUGAAAUGCAGCAUCCCUUUUUGGAAGCUGGGCAUGGCUGUUAAGUGACAAAUGAAUGUUGGCAUGCAUUUAGUUUUAAUCUGGUUGUUUAUGCAGUUUAGCACCUUUUUCACAACUUAAAGCGCCACGUCACCUUUACUAAUCACCCUAAGAAAACAUGAAGACCUGAAUGCUGUCAGUUGUAAAGUUUGUAGGACGAAUAAAGAAGAAGCUGAACUUCAGCAUGUCCCUCUCUCAGUGCAGCAGCUUGUCUUCAAUGCACUGUAUGGCAAAGCAUGAUCAAAUCAAUGAUUUGUAAGUGAAUCUUUUACUUCACAACCUAGUUGUGCCUACAAGUAAAUAUUCCUCUUUGUCUAAACCCAACAGAUUUUUUUCUCUUGCUGUGUAAGGCCUUUGUUCAGAAUUUGUUUAAGUUAGUCCCAAACAUCAAGUAAUUGAGGUAUUAUGUUAAUUUUCUCAUACCUUGUUGUCAUCAUCACCACCAUUACCACUAUUUCUGCUCUUUCUCCAUCAUGUAAAUUGUUUACUGCUGACGCUCAUAAGGAGCUCCUUGCCUUGUGUAAAUCAUUAGCACGAUUGGCUUCAGUUUCCCAGCUCUGCUCGGAGUGAGUCCCUUUGUUUAAACGGUUAAAAGAAAGAGGAGACGCUCUGCUUUCUGGACUGAACGUUGAGCCUUUAUUUCGGUCAGAUGAAGGUUACUGAGAAACUGACAGGACAGAGCUUUGGUUAAAGAGUCAAAACGACAGAAGUUUCUUUGUCUAACAGCUUGUUAAAAGGCAUCUCCUCUGAUUAGUCAGCGCCAUGAUAGGGGAUUUAUGGGUUUUUCUUGAUUUCAAAUUUUCCUACCACACUUCAAGCCUUUGGCUGCUCCUUGCUACAUUUAUUGUCUAGGUACACAGCUCACUUAUACAUAUAAGUAUGUAUACAUACAUUAAUAUACUAAAGCACUAUUAAUGUGCCACCUCUUAUUUUACUCGCUCAGCAUUUAUAUUAAAUGAUCUCUACUUAGAAUCAGCAAGAUAUUUGUUUUUUUGUUUUUGUUUGAUAUGUUUUCUGUCCACUGGUUGCCAACACAGACUUUAUCCUUUCCCAGACGAAGGACUUCUGUGCGCAUUGAUGUGUGUUCACUUAAUCUUUUGUGUUCAAACAAAGAUGUUCUUUAUAGACUAUGCUUCCGAAGAAGACAAAAUUCUGUACCUUUGGAAAACUUAAAGAGACGUUUUGUGUGUGCUAGAUUGUAUUGUAGAAAAUGUACCCUAAGAUUUUUUUUUUCUUCAAAGUGUGCUGUACUGGGUGAUAGUGUUCAGCUGUUAGAAAAAAUGUUUAGGGGCUUUUCCUGCCCCUGCCCCAGAGAGGAUAUUCAGGAAGUCUCUGAUAAAAGGUUGGCCUUAAAUCCUCUUUACUCCUCCUCUUUCUUGUCUUGCUUUAAGAGAAUACUCUCUGAAAAUUCAAACUAACACUGAAUUGGCGUGAUUUGGAGUAAUCAAACGACCCUAGUGGAUUCUCCCCCUUUUGAAAAUGCCACAUAAAGAGAAACAAUGCAGUAAUGCAAGCUAAAUUUGUAUUUUUAUUAUUUUUAAGGAUAUGUUGUUGACCUAGAUGGGUUUGUAGUUUUCUUUCUUUCUCUUUUGUUUAUUCCUGAUUUAGUUGAGUGAAUUUGCUGACCUGCAAGUCUUACAGUCUUUGAAGCAUCACCCGACCUGAUGUGUAGUCAACAGCUAGAUGAGUAUUUGAGUGAGAUUCACACAAUACCUAUUCAUUUUACAUCUAUUUACAAGAAAUUGGCCCCAAAAGAAUUGAUUCUGUUGUUAUAAUUCUAUGAAUUAGCAACGCUUAAUUGUGUUAAUCCAAUAAUGUUUAUUUUUUUCCUCAAAGUGCAAGUCAACCAAAAGUUUCACAACGUUGAUUCUACCUGAUAGGUCACUGCAGGUCUGAAUGGGCUGAAAAUGCCUUUAGCUUAGCAGAGCUUACAUUCAAUAACUUAUGGGGUGGUUUACUAUACAGUAAAUAGCUAAUGCGUUCAUUUUAAUCCCUUGCGUGUUUUUGUUUCUGAGUGGAACUGCUGCCUCUAGCCCUCCUUUAUAUAACCAGAUAACCCCUCCACUCCCACCUGUGACCACUGAACUCUGUUACUGCUGUUUUGAGGCUCACAUUUUAUUCCCUGACUUUCUGGGGAAAUCACAAAUGGCUAUUUUAUAUGAUUACUCCCUUGUAAAAUAUCUCUUAAAUUAAGGUACAGGUUUGAUUUCAGCCAGAAAAAAAAGAAGUUUUUAUAUGUAUAUUAUACUCCAUUAAGGAAUGUCUAGAAUUAUCUUCCUCCAAUGUGGAUGUAGCCAUUAUUACGCCAUUUUAUGACUUUGUAAGAGAAUUCACUGUGUGAAAAUUGGUUUGCAUUUUUGUAUAAUACAAUCUGCUUUUUUUUUUCGUUUGAUACGAGAGGGAGGUCAAACUGGAAGUUUGAAGAGAGAAAAAUGAACCUGUGAAAUUGAGAAAAAAGUGUAACUUAUGUACAACAGUGAUUCUAAGCUGAGGGGAAAGAUUAAAUGAUAUUGCUAACUCA